AUGUACAUUAAAAUAUAUGUAGUCGCAAAAGACAUUUUUUCUCUAAUUUGCGUAAAACAGACAAAUCCAUUUCCAAAAGAAAUAGAUUUUGUUUGCCAACAAAAGGAAUUUUUUAUUAUUACAUACUUUAUUUGUCAACGAUUUAGAGUAUUCUUCCAAUUGACUUGUCUUUGAAUUUAAAUUACUAAAAAACAAUAUAUUAUUUUAAAAAACGAAUCCAUAAGCAGUUGACUAUUGGGGGCCCCAUAUUUUCCUCCGCUAAAUCUCGCAAAAACCGCGCUCGACGCAUGUGUUCUUCUUCCUCUCACUAAAACGCUACCGUUUUAAACAGUCUCACACAUCAUUUAAAACAAAACUGCUCGAAACUGCGAAAGAGUUUGGUAGUAAUAAAUCUUAACUCUUUUAAGCGAUGGAUCUCAGAAGAGUAGGGAGCCGAUCAUCUAACAACAUGGAAUUAAGGUCAACCCCGGCUUCUCCCGCUCACCGGAACCAUCUCGGUGGUGUUGGUGGUGUUUACUCCCCCGCUCAUCGGAACCAGAACGUCGCCACCAAAGCCGCGGCUCAACGGUUGGCGAAAGUCAUGGCCUUACAGCACAAACACAGUGAUGAAUACGACGAUGACGACGAUGAUGACGAUGAAGAUGAUGAGGAAUUCAAAUUCGCUGCUCCUUCUUCUGGUACCAGUAACUUACCUGCGGUUCGCUUCGCUCGUCGCGAUCGAUCGCAGUCGCCUGGGAUAAACAGAUACCUCAACGAGCAAAAUAGUUCACUGCGUUCUACGUCGGCUGGAAGGUCAUCGAUGUUUGGUAGAUCUGUAACUCCGAGUGCAUCUCCGAUUUGGAGGCCACCUAAGGCGUCACCGAAGCCUCCACAUGAUAACAGAUAUUAUGGUGAUGUGCCGUUGGUUAAUUCGAGAGAUAAGGGGUAUCCGCGGAGAGCUUCAGCUCUUCGUGAUGAAUUGGAUAUGUUGCAAGAGGAGAAUGAGACUGUAUUGGACAAGCUUCGCUAUGCGGAAGAAAAACGCGAGGCAGCAGAAGCCAGGGCUAGGGAGCUCGAGAAACAGGUUGCUUUUCUUGGAGAAGGAGUGUCUCUGGAGGCCAAGUUGAUAAGUAGGAAGGAAGCGGCUUUGCGCCAAAGAGAGGCUGCUCUUAAGGCUGCUAACGAUAAAGAAGAUGAGAAGAAGGAGGAGCUUGUUUCCCUCCGUUCGGAAAUUCAGAUCCUGAAGGAUGAGGCUGUAAAAGCUGCGGAACGGCUUCAAGAAGCAGAGUCAGAAGCAAAUGAUCUUCGUACAAUGACUCAACGAACGGUUUUAACAGAAGACGAAAUGGAGGAAGUAGCCUUGAAGAGAUGCUGGCUUGCCCGGUAUUGGGGUUUGGCAGUGCAGCAUGGCAUUUGUGCUGAUAUAGCAUCAUCCAGGCAUGAAAAGUGGUCUGCUCUGGCUCCUCUUCCAUUUGAGCUGGUCAUAUCUGCUGCACAAAGGGCCAAAGAGUUGUCUGGAAAUCAAGGUGGGAGUGAUGAGAGCAAAACUGAAAGCUUUGUAAAUGAGCUAACUGGAGAAGGCAAUAUCGAAAGUAUGCUUUCAGUUGAGAUGGGUUUGAGAGAGCUAGCAUCCUUAAAGGUUGAGGAUGCUGUUAUGCUUGCUCUCUCCGAGAAGAGAACACCGAGUUUGGUUCGUCAAGAGUCCAAAGGGAAUAGAGAACUCAAGUUUGUAGAAGCAUAUGAACUAAAAGAAGGUGAACAAGAAGAUGUUGCCUUUAAGCAGGCAUGGCUGUUGUACUUCUGGGCUAGAGCCAAGUUGCUCGGUGUGGAACAAGACAUUGCUGAUGAACGUCUCCAGUUUUGGAUCAGCCGUAGCAGCGGAGAAACACCUCCAACCUCUCACGAUGCUGUCGACGUGGAGCGAGGUAUGUUAGAGCUAAGGAAACUAGGAAUAGAGCAACAACUAUGGGAAGCUUGUCGCAAAGAAACCGAACAGCUUUAUCCAUCUUCUUCUCCUACCUCUACUCUCGCAAACCUCGACACUUAGUUUAUCAUAG